GUGGCUCUGCGGGCCGCCGGCCGCGGGCAGCGCCCCUCCCCUCGCCGCCCCUCUCCGCGGAGGCGCCGUCCGUGCGUGCCGAGGCCGGGGCUAUGACCAGGUAGCCGGCGGCCCGCACAGUCCGCGCCGCGCCAGGCCGAGCCCCGCCGGCCGCCCGCAUGGCCAACUACUACGAGGUGCUGGGGGUGGCGGCCAGCGCCUCCCCGGAGGACAUCAAGAAGGCCUACCGCAAGCUGGCCCUGCGCUGGCACCCCGACAAGAACCCCGACGACAAGGAGGAGGCCGAGAAGAAGUUCAAGCAGGUGUCCGAGGCCUACGAGGUGCUGUCCGACGCCAAGAAGCGCUCGCUCUACGACCGCGCGGGCGCCGGCGGCGGGCGGGCGGGCGGCCCCGCGCGCGGCCCCUUCGGCGCGGGCUACCCCUUCCGCAACCCCGAGGACAUCUUCCGCGAGUUCUUCGGCGGCCUCGACCCCUUCUCCUUCGACCUGUGGGACGGCCCGCCGGGCGAGCGCACGGGCCGCGGCGCGGGGCUGCGCGGCGUGCUGGCGGCCGGCUUCGGCGAGUUCCCCGCCUUCCUGGAGGCCUUCUCGGCCUUCGACGGCCCGGGCCGCGGCGCCUCGGGCCGCGCCGCCUCCUCGGCCGCGUCCUGCGGGGGCCCGGGCGCCGGCAGCUCCCGCUUCAAGUCGGUGGUGUCCUCCACCGAGAUGGUCAACGGGCGCAAGGUGACCACCAAGCGCAUCGUGGAGAACGGGCAGGAGCGCGUGGAGGUGGAGGAGGACGGCCAGCUCACGUCGGUCACCAUCGACGGCAAGGAGCAGCUCCAGCGGGUGGGCGGCAAGUGAGCCCCCCGCCCGCCGCGCCAAUAAACGGGCCUGAGCUCCGCA